AUGUGCAAGCUCGCUGCAGAGGAUGAGUACGAUUGGCUAACAGUCGAUCCCUGGGAGGCUGAGAGUUCAACUACUAUCCCAACUGCUCAAGUGCUAGAUCAUGUUGACCACGAGAUCAACGAGGUCAUGGGAGGCAUCGACUGUGACGACGGAACCAAGAGACGUGCCAAAAUCGUCCUCUUGGCUGGUCUCGAUCUGGUUCAGACCAUGUCCACGCCUGGCGUUUGGGAGAAGCGCGAUCUUGACCAUAUUCUCGGCAGAUACGGCCUUUUCGCCUUGGAGCGCCGGGGAACUGAGACCGAACCGGCUUUGGCAAGCCUCAAGCAGUGGAGACAUAACAUACACAUCCUUCGCAAGCAUGUCACCGAAGAUAUUAGCAGCACCAAGACCCGCUUGCUAUUGAAGCAAGACGAGGUGAAGAGGCCCGAUCAACAGCCGGAUGGGGAUCGAAGUAGCCCGAGUCUGAAUGACAUGAUCCCCAACAGUAAAGUCAGGGACUACAUUUACAGACAUAACCUAUAUCGCGGCUCCAGCCUCGACGACCUGCAAGAUAGAUAG